UUUUUUUUCAUUGUUCUGCAAAUUCCGUUUCAUCUCCCAUCAUCAAUUUUCUCUCUCCUCCCUCAAAUCUGUAACACUCUUCUUGUGUGAAAGAGGGAGGAGUUUUAUUUAAUAAAAUCUAAACUCUAUUAAUUUUAAUUAAUUAACUCAAAAUCUUAUACUCCGUAAUUAUAAAAAGUGAGAGUUUUGCUUUUAGAAGAGGGGGAAUAAUUUUCUUUUCUUUGAUUGAGCAUUUAAAGCAAUCAAAACAUACCCUUCUCAACAAAGCUUCUAUCUUUGUCUUCCUUACUCUUUAAUAAAUCGUUCAUUUUCUAGGAAUUUCUUUUUUUUUUUUUUUGAAGAUUUUGAGGUUAAUUUUACAGGGGAAAUUCAUCCACAAACACAGUUAUUGUGGGUGACAUUUCCUGAUCACAUACAUAGAGGAAGUUUAUUAGGAGGCGCCGAACUUCUGAAGAAAUAGGAUGGCUUCCGUCACUGAUAUAGCAGUUUCUGCUGGCUUUAAUCUUCUAAGUGCAUUCAUCUUCUUGUUGGCAUUUGCACUUCUAAGGAUUCAACCUUUCAACGAUAGAGUUUACUUUCCAAAAUGGUAUCUCAGGGGGUUAAGAAACAGCCCGCUUCACACAGGAGCUUUUGUGAGCAAAUUUGUCAAUGUGGACUUCAAGUCCUACUUGAAAUUCUUAAAUUGGAUGCCAGAUGCUAUCAAAAUGCCUGAAUCAGAGCUCAUUGAGCAUGCUGGAUUGGAUUCAGUGGUUUACUUGCGGAUAUAUUUGAUAGGACUUAAGAUUUUUGUCCCUGUUACGGUGUUUUCAAUGUUGGUUUUAUUUCCAGUCAAUUUUACAAAUGAUACAUUACAAGUAUCCAAAGCAGUCUUCAACGACAUUGAUAAGCUGUCAAUUUCGAAUAUACCGCUUGAAUCUCCAAGGUUUUGGGCUCAUUUAGUGGUGGAAUAUGCCAUUACAUUUUGGUCAUGCUAUGUUUUGUAUAAGGAGUAUGCAAAGGUUACAGCUAUGCGACUGCAGUUUAUGGCAGCAGAAAGACGUCGUCCUGAUCAGUUUACGGUCCUUGUACGAAAUAUUCCCCCAGAUGCUGAUGAAUCAAUUAGUGAGCUUGUGGAGCACUUUUUUCUGGUCAAUCACCCUGAUCAUUAUCUCACGCAUCAGGUGGUUCAUAAUGCAAAUAAGCUGUCAGAUUUAGUUGAACAGAGGAAAAAGAAGCAAAAUUGGCUGGAUUACUACGAACUAAAGUUUUCUAGAAAGCCGGAUCAACGGCCCAUGACGAAGACUGGAUUUCUUGGCCUAUUUGGACAAAAAGUUGAUGCCAUAGAUUAUAAUGCUGCUGAAAUUGAGAGACUAAAUAAAGAAAUUGCUGAAGAAAGAGAGAGAGUUGAACACGAUUCAAAGUCUAUCAUGCCUGCUGCUUUUGUUUCCUUUAAGACUCGAUGGGGUGCGGCUGUAUGUGCACAGACUCAUCAAACCAGAAAUCCAACGAUUUGGUUGACUGGAUGGGCCCCAGAGCCACGUGAUGUCUAUUGGCCCAACUUAGCUAUUCCAUAUGUUCAUCUCAGCAUCCGAAGGCUGAUAAUGUCUGUUGCAUUUUUCUUUCUGACAUUUUUCUUCAUGAUCCCGAUUGCCUUAGUACAAUCACUGGCAAGCAUUGAGGGAAUUCAGAAAUAUGCUCCAUUUCUAAAUUUUAUUGUAAAGCGGCGGUUUAUCAAGUCAUUCCUUCAGGGCUUCCUACCUGGACUUGUUUUAAAGCUUUUCCUCAUCUUCCUGCCGGCAAUAUUGAUGAUGAUGUCUAAAUUUGAAGGCUAUGAAGCAUUAUCAAUUCUAGAAAGAAGAUCAGCUUCGAGAUAUUAUAUGUUCAACUUUGUCAAUGUAUUCCUUGUUAGUGUUGUAGCUGGUACCGCAAUGCAACAACUGAAGACAUUCCUUAAAUCGCCACCAAAUAAGAUCUUUGAGAUCGUUGGUAUAGGGAUUCCAAUGAAAGCAACUUUCUUCAUAACUUACAUAAUGAUUGAUGGGUGGGCUGGUGUUGCUGGUGAGAUACUGAGAUUAAAACCUUUGAUUAUAUACCACUUGAAGAAUUGGUUCUUGGUGAAGACAGAGAAGGACAGGGAGGCAGCAAUGGAUGCAGGAAGCAUCGGGUUCGACACUGGGGAGCCUCAGAUACAAUUGUAUAUAUUGUUGGCUUUUGUUUAUGCUGUGGUCUCUCCAAUUAUAUUGCCGUUCAUUUUGGUCUUCUUUGGCUUCUCUUACCUUGUGUACAGACAUCAGAUCAUAAACGUUUACAACCAGGAGUAUGAAAGUGCUGGUGCUUUCUGGCCUGCUGUCCAUGGACGAAUUAUUACUGCAAUGGUUUUCUCUCAGUUGCUUCUGAUGGGAUUGUUGAGCACUAAGAAGGCUGCUUCAUCAACACCAUUUCUCAUUGCACUUCCAAUUCUUACCAUAUGGUUUCAUAGGUACUGCAAGGGUCGAUUUGAGCCAGCAUUCAAGACUUAUCCUCUACAGGAAGCAAUGAUGAAAGAUACGCUAGAACGUGCAAGGGAUCCCGGCUUCAACUUGAAAGCUUACCUUCAGAAUGCCUAUAUCCAUCCUGUGUUUAAAGAUGAGGGUGACAAAGAUGAUGCAGUUCAGAACAAGUUGGAGAUGGAAGCCGAGCUUGUUCCUACUAGACGCCAGUCAAGAAGAAACACUCCAGUGCCAAGCAAAAUGAGCAAAUCAUCUUCAACUUCUCCAAGCAAACAUGUCGAUCUAUGAAGUGUGUGAGAAAACUCAUGGGUAAUGAGCUUAGUUCAUAGCAAAGAAUUACAGCAUUGUAGUCAGAUUGUGCAGGCAAAUGCAUCAGUAGGUCUGUUUUUGUACUUUUUAGGGAGGGAAUGUAGUAUGGUAGAUCUUAUGGCUCUCUAUCGUUGUCUCUCCCUUCUCGUUCACUCAUGUUCAUGUAUAAAGCACCGACUGUCUCUUGCAUGUAAAUUAUUUCAGCUGUUCUGAUCUAUAAAUUUCAACCUGCUUCAAGCUGAUAAUUUUAUGUGAUCAUGUACUCCUGGAAUUGAAUUUAUGAAGCACUUUUGCUACA